AUGUCAUCUCUGCUAUUGCUGGAGGUGCACAAGGAAUCUGUGAGGAUCAUACAUACCUUGGCCGAUUGGUUAACUGCACAAUCCAAUGUAGCAGUCAGAAAUAUUGCAGAGAAACUCAGUGAUAUGGGCUUCUCAUCAUGGAGGCUUCUUGUCUCUAAGGACUUCCACCUUGGAUGGCAUGAACACCUCUAUACAGAGAUUGCACCUAGGAUUAUCCGUUCAGAUGACUUCAAGCCUGCUACUGCUCGUGAAUUGCUCAAAGGAUGUCAAGUCAUACUCUGUACACUCAGUAUGCUUUCCAACAAGCGAUUGCGUGAUUGUAAAUAUACUCAAAUUGUUCCCUUCAAUAUUCUUGUGGUGGAUGAAGCAUCACAAGUUGAGAUUGGAGACUAUGUUCCUAUAAUCACUACCUUUGCAACCUCACUCAGCAAAAUCUGCUUCAUCGGAGAUGACAAACACUCCAUAUAUGACCAUAAACUGUUGUCAAACCCUAACCAUCCUAUCAAAUCAUCUGUGCCUUCCUGCUUCUUUAUUGAUGUAAAGAGUGGAAAGGAGCAACCUUCUCUGAAAAGCACUGUUAACAAACAGGAGCAGGAAGCAGUUUGCAUUCUGGCUGCUAGAUUUCUGGAGGAAGAUAGGAGCUUCAAGAUCAUCACUCCUUAUGAUGCUCAGCGCUCUGCUCUGGAAGAGCUGCUGAAGCAGAAAAACCUUGCUUGGCAGGAUAAAUGCUUCAACAUAGACUCCUUCCAAGGGAAUGAGGAUGACUAUAUUAUUAUUUCCCUUGUCAGAACUGCAGCACUUGGAUUCCUUGACAAUCCUCGUCGUACGAAUGUCAUGUUCACUCGCUGCAAGCGGGGCAUGUACAUUUGCUGCAACUCAAACUUUGUGGGAGGCAAGGCCAAAGAUACCCUUGUUGGACAGAUGGCUGAGGCUUUUGGAGAGGAGGCCUGGAUAGACUGGGAUGAUCUUGUGAAUGGUGACUUCUGA